CUCCGCUCACUGCUUCAUUUUGCACAGCUGCAGCCCGCUUACUGAGCGGACACGACGAAACCAACCGGGGCUGGAUUGUGAUCCUAAUAGACAGAAUCUCUUUUACAUUGGGAACGUCAACGUUUUUGCAGCCCAUAUACUCUUUUACGAAAUUGAGGACUGAAGAAGAUAGAAUAUAGCACCGGAGUCGUCAGUCUGGUCACUGUUAGCCAUUCAGUAAUCAAGUAGCUAGCUGGCUAGCGGUUAGCCAGCGCGGAGCAAGUUAGCCACUUCUGCGCAGUAACUAGCUAACCAGGGUAUUUGUCAUAUUGUGCACAGAGCUGUUUGAAGACGACACUCACAGUGUUGCAGCCAAGUGCAGCCAGUAGUCUGAACGUGGUCGACGUGCUGGUCGGCUCGUCAGCCCAUUGCAGUGCCUCCUAACAGCGGGCUAGGAUAUGAGAGAGAAUGAGUCAGAGGGACACCCUGGUUCAUCUCUUUGCUGGAGGCUGCGGAGGCACAGUGGGUGCCAUCCUGACAUGCCCGCUGGAGGUGGUGAAGACCAGGCUCCAGUCAUCCUCCGUCACCACCUUCUAUGUGUCUGAGGUGCAGCUCAGCGGCGUCAACGGGGCCAGUGUAGCCCGCGUGUCUCCCCCAGGCCCCCUGCACUGCCUCAAGUUAAUAUUGCAGAAAGAAGGUCCUCGGUCGCUCUUCAGAGGUCUGGGGCCUAACCUUGUGGGCGUGGCUCCCUCUAGAGCCAUAUAUUUUGCGGCCUACUCCCUGGCGAAGGAGAAGCUAAACGGUGUGUUUCAGCCCGACUCCACACAGGUCCACAUGGUGUCGGCAGCCCUAGCAGGGUUCACGGCGAUCACGGCUACCAAUCCCAUCUGGCUUAUCAAGACUCGCUUGCAACUUGAUGCCAGGAACCGUGGUGAGCGUCACAUGAGUGCAUUUGAGUGUGUCCGGCGGGUGUACCAGGCGGACGGGGUCCGGGGAUUCUACAGGGGCAUGUCGGCUUCUUACGCCGGCAUCUCAGAGACUGUGAUCCAUUUUGUGAUUUACGAGAGCAUCAAGCGCAAGUUGCUGGAGGCUAAGGCCCAAGCCAACAUGGACGAGGAGGAGGAGGCAGUUAGGGACGCGUCGGACUUUGUCGGGAUGAUGCUGGCGGCCGCCACGUCCAAAACCUGUGCCACAUCUGUUGCGUAUCCACACGAGGUGAUCCGCACUAGACUUCGAGAAGAGGGCAGCAAGUACCGCUCCUUCUUUCAGACUCUUGGCGUAGUGAUACGCGAGGAGGGCUACCGUGCCCUCUACCGCGGCCUCACCACCCACCUGGUGCGGCAGAUACCCAACACCGCCAUCAUGAUGUCGACCUAUGAACUGGUGGUCUACAUGCUCAACGGUUAACCCAGCCCCCCGGCCAAGGAGGAAGAGAAGGAGAGAGAGAGAGAGAGAGCGCGAGAGAAAUAGAAAGAAAGAAAGAGAGAGAGAGAUAUAUCAGUGGAAAAUGGAGAGGACUAGGAGGGCCCCAGCGAUCCUCCAGGCCACUCGAGGGCGCUGUUGUCUUAAAGAUGAAACGGAGAGAGAGAGAGAGAGAGAGAGUGAUGGAGGGUAGGGAGGGAGAGGGUGAGAAGGGGGAGGAUGGGAAGGAACGAACCAACGAAUGAUUGAGAAAGCAAUGGAGGGAGGAAGGGGUUAGUUCAGUCCUUUAAGUGCACUGCAAGGUGGUUGUUUGUAAUGGAUGGUGUCUUACAGAACCAACCAUUAGCGAUAAUCUCGUUUAGACACUGUUGUCUCUCCGAAAAAUUCCUCUCUCGAAAAUGAGAAAUUUGAGAAGACAAUACGGAGGAGGGGGAUGCUUGAAACUGUAACUCCUGUUUUAUGGGGCAAAACACUCAUGCUUGAUGCCAAUACGCCACCAUUUCAGUUGUUGUAAUUGUUGUUGAUUAUGAUGUCGUUUGUCAUUUGUUUUAAAACUGUCACUUAAGCAAACACAGUGUUAAUUUGUCUGUAUGGGUUUCAUUCAUACAUGGAUUCCUGUACAGUUAGCAUUUGGUUGCUAGAGACAAUGCUGUGUUCAAGCAUGCCCCUCCGCUAGUCAGCUCAGAGCAAAAGACUAACUACGUGUAACCCGCCGACCUUCUGCUUUGCUCUCGGCCAAAUAGUCCCGACCCUUCUAGCCCAACACAACACAAAAAAAAGUCCUUCAUGUAGACUUGUGUUUCUUUCAAGCUGGAUAUCAUUUCAGUGGAGUUUGUUGAGUUGUGCGGUGACGUCCUCAGUAGUCAGCAGUCGCGGAUGACUGCCUUAGGGCAGCUGAGAGCGCCCCCUGUCUGCUCAACUCUGGAAUGCAGUUGUGUUUCUUUCCAGUUGUUGUUUUUUUUUUUUUUUUUCAAAUCUCUACCACCGACAUUAACAUCCAGACCUGUCUCAGGUCUCCUCUGGAAAGGUCACUUACUUGAAACGAGUCAGUGUUGAUGUUUGAAAGACAGCGCCUACAGGUCUUGUUCUAAUGUGUCAGACCCGAGGAGGGGGGAUGGGGGGGGUUACUCAGAUGCAGCCCCCGACACACACACACAUGCACAUUACCAUCUGGAGAGAGGAGCCACUCUCCCCAUCCCCAACUGUGGCUUUUUUUUUUGUGGAUAGUUUUAAUCUUGUAUUAUAAAUAAAUAAAUAUAUAAAUAUAUAUAUAUUAAAAAAGGAAAGAAUAAAAAAAAUAAAAAAAACCAGUAUUACUGUUGGGGCAAAACAGUGUUUUGCUAAGCAGUGUCCAUUGAAGAUAUUGUACAGUUCAGUGUACUUAAUUUUUAGUGAAGGAUAUUCCUAUAUGUGUAUAUAAUAUGCAUAUCAAAUAUCCCUCUUGUCCAUAACCUAGGUCCUAUGAUCAUGCAGUAGGCUGCAGUUUCAAAAGUAUUAUUUGAAUCAACUGCAUUUUGUCAAUGUUGGAAAAAAAAAUGUUUGAAUCUAUCGCAAUAUGGUGUGUUGUGGUCUUGGUCGAUUUUUAUUUUGUUUCUUGUUUGUAUAUUAUUUUUGUUCUUUCUUUCUUUCUGGUACAACAUGCUGGCCUUAGACUCCAUACACAGCCCAAAAUGGAGUCUAUAAUCUUGUGUUUUUUUCUGUUUUGCUUUAUUUUUUUCCCCUCUUGUGGACCUGUGAAAGGUCAGUGUCCUCAUCUCAGCGAUAUGUUUACAUGCAGCCCUGGCUUCCCCUGGUGAAGGAUCACAUAAUCGUCAUAUCAGCUGUGUCACUCAGUUGGUUCGUCUGUGCAAGUCCACCCCAUGGUUUCCCCAUUUGUCCUGUUGCGUCAUUCAGUGUCAAACAGUAGAUUUUUUUUUUUCGUCGUCGUUCUCUAACCUGCUAGCUUGUAGUCCUCCUCAGUAAUGUGAGAAGUUGUGAGAAUCUUCUAUCCGCAAGGCCAUUUUACAACAGUCCUCAAUCAGGGUAGACAUCAUGGUAAAUGUGUCUCUCUCCUUACGCAACUUGCGAGCUGAGAUCGUUAACUCACCUCGGUAUCAUUUGGAUCCAACAUGCAGCUCCCUCCUAAACUGUGAACGCUUGAAUUGAGUGUUUUUUUAUUUUGUCAGCAUCGGCAUACGGUACUCAACUAUCCCCUCAGACUGUAACAGGUGCUAUGGAUUGUGUCUAGGACUUCCCUCAGCUGCUAUUACAUGGCUCUCUGUGGCACUGUAAGGAGCUCUUCAUCCUUCUGAACAGCGUGAUGAUAUGUGACCGCACUCAACAUAACAUUGAGCAUCUGUAUCAGUUCAGGCAUACUGUACAUUGUCAUUCUUUAUGUUUGAACAGAAAGGGGCGCUGGGUCGUCUAAAGCCAACAUCACCACAGUCAGCCAACUGUGGAAUGGCCCACAUACUCUUGACACUUGGCAUAGCUCAAGCAGGUAUGGUGGAGCCCAUAAGGAUGGCUUCUGUGGCUUAUUCCCAAGACAUGGCUAUGUGUCGAGUUAUGAACACGCGCACACACACGCACACACCGCCCAGAUUUGGCAUGCUAACUGCAGGUGUUUAACCUGCCCCAACAUGGCAUUAAGACAGCAGAGGUGAUUGCGGUUUACCCAAAUCCUGGCAACUGAAGUCAACCAGGAGAUGUUUCAAAAACAAUUACUGCUGUUAUUGAAAUCAAAAUGUUAGGAGAGAGAGAGUAAUCAUUAUUCAAAAAUGUUGGCCAUUGAUUGGUGGAAUAUUUGGACAACUUUAUAAGUUUUCAGAAAGUGUUGAACUAUUUGUUUUGAAUACAUUAUCAUGCUAGCUAUCAACACGUAUAUCGUUAUGGUACAAUAUGUAUCCUUAACAUGCCCCCUAUUAAAUUACAAAAGGGUUUGGUGUUAAGGACCUGUACGUAAUUAGCUGUACGUUAUUUUGUCCACACACCCUUGUUUACAAAAUCAAGUAGUCAAAAUGUCAACUCUUAAAUUUGUUCCUCAUAAGCGAAAAAAAAAGAAGUAUAAAACAAAACAAAAAGACAUUAUGCAGGCAAGGGAGCUCAGUUUCUAAAAUAAGCAAGGUGGGACACUACGUUUACCACGUUAGUCAACAUGUGGCCCUUAUCCUAGUAGGCUAGGCCUAUUUGUGACAACGUGGUUAUAUACCGCUGGCUAAAUAAUAUUUAAAAAGUAAUUUGCGCUCUACCAUGUCAAGACAGACUGGUGUUUUGGUAGAGCUUUUAAUUGAGAGCUAGCUGGGGCAGAAUGGCAACAUACCUGAUCUUGGGGGCUGAUGACCUGUGUCACUUUUUGACAUUCGCUCACUUAGCCUGCAUAUGUCAUUGUCAGCGGAUCGUGUUUUACAAAACGCAGAUUUAAAGUUUUAAAAGUGACAUUUUCUAACGUGAGAUUGGAAGUUAUUAUUAUCUUGAUAGGCUUGGCAACUAAUGUGAUAUGAUUUCAUACAAGACUGUAUUUUCAACGUUUCUGAAUGAGUCAAGUUGACGUAACGACAAAGCAUGGCUGAAUAUUCCAAUUAUAUUGUCUCGCGCUCGAACAUCGUGCACGCUGGCCCUGACCAGAGCCCAGGAGGAGACGCAGGCUGCGUAGGGAGCUCUUGUGUGUUUUUGCGUCUCAUUUCACCUUUCUUGAAAUCGGUUGUCGGUGAUGAAAUCCUCUCUAGGCAGGUUAUGGUGUCCUGAGCACCAGAUCACUCAACACUAAUGCAUUGAAAAUUUAUGUUGAAUGUUUUUUUUUUCCCCCUCUAUUAAGUUCUGGUUUUGUUUUGUUUUGGCUUUUUUACACCUUCAAAUGUGGCCUAUUCUUAGCUGGCUAUGUGUUAUACCUCUUUUUGUACAAAAUAAGUAAAUAAACUAAAUAAAAAAAAAUACUAAAAA